AUGGAUCAGUGUUACAGUACUGACGGGCAGUUCUGGUUCAAACACAGUUUUGAGCUUGAGCCGAUUUACGAGAAGAAGGUUUUCCUGGUUGUGGAGGGAAGGAAUAUCGAGAUUGACAAGAAUAUCCUCUCGAAAAACUCAACGUAUUUUGCCGAUUUGUUGAACAGCGAUAGAACUGAAUUCCCGAUUGAGAACGUUAUUUGUUCUGAAAUGAAGCAGAUUCUCAGAAUUCUUGAUUCCGAACCACAGGUUCCCAAUGUGUUUCGCUUUCCCGCAAUUCUUCAACUUGCCGAAAACUUCAAAAUCCCAUCAGUCCGACUUUUUAUCGAAUUUUAUCUAAUGUUAUACGAUGAGAUGCCGUUAAAAGAGAAAAUAGAGAUGGCCGACAAAUUCGGCAUGAACAAUCUCUGGAACAAUUUUGCAAUGCUAUAA